AUGCCUCCAGCGACGCGUGGGUCCCAGUACGAACCCGAAUCUGAAUCGAUGUAUUUGCUUCAUCGCAGACCUUUCCCCCGCGGCCCUCUGAUACCGCAAAGCUUCACCUGGCGGGCGGUGAUAGUCGGACUGCUAGUCGGAAUCCUAAUUAACCUUUGCAAUACUUAUUAUGGCCUACAAACCGGGGCUGGUGCUCAACUACCCACGGUCUCAGCUCUUCUCGGGUACCUAGCGAUUGGAGCACUCGCCAAAUUCAACUUUGCGCCGCUAUCCAAAGCUGAAAAUGUCUUGAUCGUAAGCACUGCCACGGCGACGGGCUGCAUGCCCGCUACAGCUGGAUUCACCGAGGUCAUCCCAGCGCUCGAAUAUAUUCUUGGGCCAAAUGAGGGAGGCCCAUUCCGACUGGGAUAUCUGCAGAUGAUAACCUGGUCCCUAGGGAUGAGUUUCUUCGGUAUCCUAUUUGCGGCGCUCCUGAGAGAUCGCCUCAUUUUACCGACCCUUUGGCCUUGGCCAGGCGCAACGGCAUCUGCAAACGUGAUUAAUGCAAUGCAUAGCAAAGAAAAGAAUGGAUCACAAGAUGCAGCAGCAGAUCAUGCCGAACCGCGAACUGUGGCCAGCUUAUUAUCCGGCACGGCUAACGAUGAAGAGCAUGAACCUGUCGCAGAAUCAGACAAGCUGCCAAGGAAUUUGGGUCUCAUUUUGACAUCUGCGGCCUGGUCUGCGCUUUUUACGCUAUUCAUGUUCUUUGUACCAAUAACGAAGGAUUUACCUAUAUUUGGCCGUCAAGCAGCGAAGAAGUGGCUUUGGACAUUUAGCUUAUCCCCUGGCUUCUUUGGGUCUGGGAUGAUUAUGGGACCGGAGAUCGUUCUGCAUAUGCUAAUGGGAGCAAUCGUUGGCUGGGGUAUAUUGUCCCCCUAUGCCAAAGCUAAAGGCUGGGCUCCAGGAGAUGUCGGUGAAUGGGAGACUGGAAGUCGUGGCUGGUUAAUUUGGAUAAGUCUGGCUUGUCUGAUGGCAGACACGCUGGUAAAAAUGAUUUGGAUUUAUCUUAAGGUAAUAUGGGAAAAGUAUGGACAUCUCCUUCCGCGAGUCCGUGAUGGUAGUCUUAGUCUCUUAUGGCGACUAGGACUAGCUGGCCGACCACGUGGAUAUGUCCCGGUGGGUACUCUCAACGAUGACAAUGAUUCUUCGGACGACGAUGAAGACAUACCCGAGGAACGAGGAUACUCUACCACCGUGCUAGCACUCGGUAGGAGACACAUGAGCCCAUACGGUGGUUAUUUCCUGGUGGCGGGCUUCAUUGUGUCAAUACUAGCCUGUAUCCUCGCCACACAUUCAGUCUUUGGGAACAAAAUGCCUUGGUAUUACACACUUGUCUCGAUCCUGCUGGCCCUGCCGGUGGCGAUGACUGGCAUUCGUGGUCUGGCGGAAUCCGACUUCAAUGCGGGGAGCGGUCUAGCUGCCCAGCUGGUUUUGGCCGCCAUAACCCCCCGCUCAAACCCGAAUAGCGUGAUGAUCAAUAUUCUAUCUGCUGCAAUCGCAAAUGGGGGUGCCAACCAGUCCGGCGAUCUUGCCUUUGACUUGAAGAUAGGACAACUUGUCGGUGCGCCAUCAGAAGUCCAGACUUACGGCCAGAUAAUAGGAUCGAUUUUCGGCGCGCUUGUCUCUUGCUUCACGUAUAGACUGUUCACCAACCAAUUCCCGGUUCCAGGAGAUUUCAUUCAGGUACCCAACUCGUUUCUCCAAGUCAGUACCGCGAGAAUGGUCUUGAAUAAAGGCCUUCCUCCCGGCGUGGGUGGUUUUGCCCUGGGCUUUGGAAUUCUCUUCGCCAUUGCAACAGUAGCGAAGAUGAGCUUUCAGGACAAGUGGUGGCAUGUUUAUAUUCCCAGUGGAGUUUCCUUUGCCAUUGGUAAGCCGCUAUCUCUCUAUCACGAUGAAAUUUAUGCCAAUGAUCUUUAA